AUGACAAGCCCAAGUCCGGAUCCAGGACGACAAGCCCAAGUCCGGAUCCAAGGAGACAAGAACACAGCCCAAGUCCGGAUCCAAGGACGACAAGCCCAAGUCCGGACCAAGGACGACAAGCCCAACUGGAUCCAAGGACGAAAGCCCAAGUCGGAUCCAAGGAGACAAGCCCAAUCUGGAUCCAAGGAUGACAAGCCCAAGUCUGGAUCCAAGGACGACAACCCAAAUCUGGAUCCAAGGACGACAACCCAAAUCUGGAUCCAAGGACGACAACCCAAUCGGAUCCAAGGACGACAAGCCCAAAUCGGGAUCCAAGGACGACAAGCCAAAGUCGGGAUCCAAGGACAACGAGCCCAAGUCGGGAUCCAAGGACGACAAGCCAAAGUCGGGAUCCAAGGACGACGAGCCCAAAUCGGGAUCCAAGGACGACAAGCCCAAGUCGGAUCCAAGGACGACAAGCCAAAGUCGGGAUCCAAGGACGACAAGCCCAAGUCGAUCCAAGGACGACAAGCCAAAGUCGGGAUCCAAGGACGACAAGCCCUCCAAGUCGGGAUCCAAGGACGACAAGCCAUCAAGCGACUCCAAGGACGACAACCAUCCAAGGACUCCAAGGACGACAAGCACAAGUCGGAUCCAAGAGACAAGCCAUCCAAGGACUCAGGACGACAAGCCAUCCAAGUCAGGAUCCAAGGAGACAAGUCCGGAUCCAAGGAGACAAGCCAUCCAAGGACGACAAGCCAUCCAAGUCAGGAUCCAAGGACGACAAGCCAUCCAAGGACAGACAAGCCAUCCAAGGACGACAAGCCAUCCAAGGACGACAAGCCAUCCAAGUCAGGAUCCAAGGACGACAAGCCAUCCAAGUCGAAGAAAUCCAAGUCUGCUGAUUCUGGCGAGGAACCUGGCGACAAGUCUGGAGGUCCUGAUAGUCCAACCUGUGGAACCAAGAAUCCUUGGGAUGGUUUGAACUUGUGGGAAAUUGCUGAUCAAGGCAUUGAUUUCCCCACCUGUGGUGAUGUUGGUCAAGUUGAGUCACUUAAGGGUGCUCCCUUGAUGAAGGGUGGUGAAUGUGAACGGGUUAAUGUUUGCUUUGGAAAUGCUGGCAAUGGCUGGAUUCCGAAGACUGUUGACCGUGAUGCCAUCGGUGAGGACAACAAUGGUCAAGGUGGUCUUGCCAGCUUCAAUCAAAACAAUGGUGAAAACAAGAAACCUAACUAUUUCCCGGGAAGCCAGUCUGUUGCCAACCCGAAUGGUGGUGCUAAUGGUGUCAUGAAUGAAAACUGUGAUUUCGUGUGCGACCCAUGUGAAGAGUACACCUGUGAUGAUGGAACUGUUGUGAAGAGGAUUCUCCCCACCUGUGCGUUUGCGCAGUGCCCAGAUGACCAAGACAGCACUGAUGUGACCACUGACAUGGUUUUCAUCAAUGGAGACUUAAAGGAUGGAAAGUGGAACCGUGCUGAUCUUUCUGGAUUCAUGGUGCGCUACAAGGAGACUGAUGGCAAGUUCGGGCUCACCCGUCAAGUCAACAUCUACUUGGAAGGUGUAAAGGAAGUCAUGAUCCUGAAGACUUUCAAGUCCUUUGUUCGUGUUGACAUUGACUGGAAGGACACUGUGCUGCCACCCAACAAAUGUGUCCUUCCUGAUAUGGGUGGUGCAAAACAGGCUCUGCGCAAACGCCGCCUUGCUGAGGGUAUGCCACGCGAAGAAGCUGAGGCUGCUUGCAGCCACUUGGUGGAUUCUGCGGAGAAGGAGGCUUGUGUCUAUGAUGUCCUUGCCACCCAAGACUUGAACUUGGCCAGUGCUUGGUAA